AUGAUCUUAAUAAGGUUUUCCUUGGUUGGGUGUUUUCUAUCAGUCGAUGUGGAUCGACAUGCUAGAGAUUUUAUGGAAGCUGCCAAGAAACUUCAACUUUAUUUUAUUAGUCUGCAACGAGAGGAUAAGCCAACAAAAGCUGAAACGCUUAAAAAGGAGAUUUCUCUUAUGGAAGAUGAGCUUAACGAAAAAAAUGAGCUGAUUAGAAAACAAGAACAUUUGAUCCAGGAGUGGAAAAAAGAGUUGGCAGAUCAGUUGGACAAACACAAUAACGAGUUGAACAGAGUUUAG